UGCUUAUGCAAUAAAAAUGGCUUAACCUGUAGUGCCGCAAUCACUAUUGUUGUGUUCUUCGCAAUUUUCUCUGCACAAGAUAUUCAUUCCCCCCAAAACCAACCGUUCAAUUCAAUUCUCCUUUUUCAUCUACCUGUAUCCUCUUCCUUUCUCCCUUCAUUCAUUUCUCUUUCUCAAAUCUUGAUUGGGAUUGUCCCUUUGGUUCUUAAUGGGAAAGCCCUCAGGGAAGAAGAAGGAUAUCGCUACCCCGGGUGCUGCAAAUUCACAUGCCAAACAUGCCAAGUCUUCCAAAGCUUUCGAUGAAGAUACAGCAAUGUUCAUUAACAUGUCACAAGAGUUCAGGGAAGAAGGUAACAAGUUGUUUCAGAAGAAGGAUCACGAAGGCGCCAUGCUCAAGUACGAGAAGGCACUGAAGCUGCUUCCGAAGAACCACAUAGAUGUCGCACACCUUCAUACCAACAUGGCCACGUGUUACAUGCAAUUGGGUCUCGGGGAAUACCCUCGAGCCAUUCACGAAUGCAAUUUGGCGCUGGAAGUGUCUCCAAGGUACAGCAAAGCUAUUCUGAAAAGAGCCACAUGCUAUCGUGAGCUUAAUCGCUCGGAUUUGGCGCUAAGGGAUGUUAAUCUUGUUUUGAGCAUGGAGCCAAAUAACCUCACCGCGUUGGAGCUUCUCGAGAGCCUCACGAAGUCAACGGAAGAAAAGGGGGUCUCUGUUGAUGAUAAAAGGAUGGCUUUUGAUACAACCGUUUAUCACUCUCCUUCUCGUUCUUCGCAAAAACUGAAGAAGAAGAGAGGUAAAAAAAUUGUGGACAAGGUGGUUGUGGAGGAAAAGCCGGGUGUCAUUGUUGAGGAUAAAAAGGUGGUUUCCAAAACAAUUGGGCAAGAAGGCAAGGUGGAUUCCGAAACAAUUGGGCAAGAAGACAAGGUGGUUUCAAAAACAAUUGAGCGAGUAAAAGAGGUGGAUUCAAAAGCAAUUGAGCAAGAAAAAAAGGUGGUGGAAGUCAAACCUGUGGAGGAAGAAAAACAUGCCACGAUCACAAGGAGCGUGAAGUUGGUGUUUGGAGAAGAUAUAAGGUGGGCUCAAUUACCCGUGAAUUGUAGUGCGAAGUUGGUGAGGGAUAUAGCUAGGAACCGGUUUCCAGGUUUGAAGGGAGUUCUUGUGAAGUAUAAGGAUAAAGAAGGUGAUUUGGUUACUAUCACUACUACAGAUGAACUAAGGUUAGCUGAAAAGUCUGCUCCUGAGAAGGCAUCGUUUAGGCUUUAUAUUACUGAGGUCAGUCCAGAUCAAGAACCUUCUUAUGAUGGAACAACAACCAAUGAGGACGAGGUGCAAAGGGAGGGUGGAAAUGAAAAUGGUGGUGUUGAGAAUAGGGGUACGGAAGAAGGCAGAGAUGAAGAUGCUGCAAAAAGGAUGAUUACUGUGGAGGACUGGCUUCUCCAGUUUGCAAGGCUGUUCAAGAACCAUGUAGGGUUUGAGUCUGAUUCUUAUCUAGAUACUCAUGAGUUUGCAAUGAAGCUGUACGGAGAAGCGAUGGAGGAUACCGUAGCAAGCAAUGAUGCUCAAGAACUUUUUGGAAUUGCUGCUGAUAAAUUUCAAGAGAUGGCUGCCUUGGCACUGUUUAAUUGGGGAAGUGUUCAGAUGUCCAGGGCAAGGAAUCAAGGUUCCUUUUCGGAGGAUGGGGCUAGAGAAUCUUCCUUGGAGCAUAUAAAAGCUGCAUAUGAGUUGGCACGAAAGGAGUACGAGAAAGCAGAAUUGAGAUAUGAAGAAGCCUUGAAAAUCAAACCUGAUUUCUAUGAAGGAUAUCUUGCUCUUGGGCAUCAGCAGUUUGAGCAAGCAAGGCUGUGCUGGUGUUAUGCAUUGGCAUGCAAGGACUCAAAUGCUGGCUUUUCUGAGGAGGUUCUACAACUUUAUAACAAGGCAGAGGAUAGCAUGGAGAAAGGCAUCUUGAUGUGGGAGGAGGUUGAGGAGCAGCGUUUGAAUGGAAUAUCCAAAUCAGAUAAAUAUAGAGAACAGUUAGAGAAAAUGGGCUUGGAUGGUCUUUUCAAAGAUGUUUCUGAUGAUGAAGCUUCAAAGCAAGCUGCAAAGAUGAGGUCUCAGAUACACCUACUAUGGGGAACCUUGUUGUAUGAACGUUCUGUUGUGGAAUAUAAGCUUGGCCUUCCCACAUGGGAGGAAUGUUUGGAGGUUGCUGUUGAAAAAUUUGAACUAGCUGGAACUUCUGGAACAGAUAUUGCUUUCAUUGUAAAGAAUCACUGCUCAAAUGAAACAGCACUUGAAGGGUUCAAAAUUGAUGAGAUAGUACAGGCAUGGAAUGAGAUGUACGAUGCUCAGGGGUGGCAGUUUAGUGAUCCAUCAUUUCGACUUGAACCAUUGUUUCGUCGGCGUGUUCCUAAACUCCAUUCCAUAUUGGAGCAGUUUUAAGUUUUCUUCUUUUGUUAAAAAUUCUUGAGAGGCAUGAUUUCUUGUCUUCGUAUUUUUCAAGCUCCUUCAUCCCAUUCUAAGACGGGGAGUUUUGUUCUGCAUACUGUUGUUUAGCUCAUUGUUCGGUGCUAUGAUUGGAUUAUUUUUUCUGAUGCCAGUGUGAUACUAGUUGGGAUUUGAGACUAGAAAAGCUGGUGAUAUAUAUUUAUUUGGUUUUUAUACUUGAAGGGAAUUGCUGCGAGGUUUCAUUCUUUAAGGUGUACCAGUAUAUUGGAUGAUUUGAUUUGUUCAGCUUGCACCAAAAGUAUAUACAUAUAUACAGCUUUUUUUUUCAUAGGUGAAGGCUUGUGAUUAAUAUUGUAAUGUAUCCUUGGUGAGUGAUUAAGUGGUGGAAUGUAACAAUUUAUGGAUGUCAAGUAUCACAUUAUAUUAUUCAUUUUUAUCAUAUUUUUCGUCCAGUUCUAUA